UUAAAAUAAUAUGUAGAUGUCCCAUGAUAAUGGACAAGUUGAGAGCAAUGCGGAGGCUUUGUCUGCAGCUGUUCGCAUAGCCCAGUUCCUGAGCUCGCAAGGACUCUCGCACAAGGACAAUGUCGGGCUUAUAGCUAGAAACGACAUUCAUGUUACUCACGUUUUGUUGGGUUGCCUUUUCAAUGCCACGCCCUUCCAUGCCGUCAAUCCGCAGCUGGAGACGGAAGCCAUAGCUGCUCUGUAUGCGAUAACAAGGCCAAAGCUGAUAUUCUGCGAUGGCGGCGAUUACGAACUCUUGAAAUCCCUAACUAAAGACUGGAGGCCAAAGAUUAUAACGCUGAUCGAUCAUGUUGGGAAUGUGCCCAGCAUUGAGGAUCUCUUGGGAUCAACCAAAACGGCAAAGAACUAUGCACCCGUAAAACUUGUGCAUGGCGGCGAUCAAACCAUGGCCAUUGUCUGCUCCUCGGGCACUUCGGGCUUACCCAAGGCUGUGACAAUAACCAACUCUCAACUAUUGCUGAUAGCACCCGUCAGCGGCAUUAAUGAUGUGGUGUACACAACCGCUGGCUAUGAUUGGUUGUCCGCCAUAAAGUGUCUGCUGAGCAGCACCCUCAACGGAGCCGUUCGCGUUGUUUCGCGUCAGCCCUUCAGCACGGAGCUGAUUGUGGAUAUUGUCAGGAAAUGGCAGGUGACUUACUGUUAUCUGUCGCACUGGCAGUUCAAUGAGCUGUUCACCAGUCCGUUGGCCACGCCGGAGCAUCUGUCCAGUCUGCAGUUCGUGCAGUACAGCGGGGGCUGGGUAUCGGCGGGCGUUGUGCAGGCAGCUCAGCGCAUCAUCGAAUCCACGCUCUUUGUGUGUGUGUACGGCACAACGGAAACGGAUGGCAUAGCGGUGUGCAUAAAUCCGGAAACGGAAAAUCUGGUGGGCGCUUUGCUGCCCGGCAUUACGGUGCGGAUCGCGAAUGAACAGGGUGACAGGCUGGCGCACAACGAGAUUGGCGAAAUACUGAUAAAGACAAACCAGAACUGGAAUGGUUACUAUGGCAAUCCGGCGCAAACGGCUCAAACGCUCGAUUCCGAGGGCUGGUUCCACAUGGGUGAUCUGGGCUACUUUGAUAAGGAUAAUAGGCUUUAUAUAGUGGAUCGCAAAAAGGAUUUGCUUAAAUACAAAUCCAUGCACUACACACCCAACGAGAUUGAGAGGAUCAUCAUCGAGUUGCCGGAUGUGCAGAAGGUCUGUGUGGUUGGCAUUAAGGAUCGGUUAUAUGGUGAUGCGGCUGGCGCAUUAAUUAUCCGCAAACCCAAUAGCCACUUAUCCGAACAGCAGGUCAUCAAUCAUGUGGCCGAACGUAUUCCCGUCGAGUACAAGCAGCUCCAUGCGGGCGUUCGCUUCGUGGACAGAAUUCCCGUCAAUGCCAAUGGAAAGCUGCUGAGAAAUGCAGCUAAAGAAAUAUUUAAAACCACUUCAAGAAUGCCCAAAGCUUCGCUUUAAGUUCUAUUAAAAAUGUAUCAAUC